CGUUACUAAGGAUACUGCUGAUCCGUUCAUGUUCAUGCAACCACUGUCUUUAAAGAUAUUAGUGCUGACAUCACAUCAAGGGUGAUGAGUAUGGCUAAACGCGUGGCUGUGAUUGGAGGGGGCAGCUCUGGACUGGCCUGCAUUAAGUGCUGCUUGGACGAGGGGCUGGAGCCAGUGUGCUUUGAGAGCAGUAAUGACAUCGGAGGACUCUGGAGGUUUAAGGAGAAUCCUGAGCCAGACAGGGCCAGCAUCUACCAUUCAGUGAUCAUCAACACCUCAAAGGAGAUGAUGUGUUACAGUGAUUUCCCCAUCCCAGGCCAUUUCCCAAACUUCAUGCACAACUCAUACAUCAUGGAAUACUUCCGUAUGUAUGCUGAGCACUUCCAGCUCACACGCUACAUUCGCUUACAGACAAAAGUCCUUCGAGUCACUCCAAGACCAGACUUUGCUCAUUCUGGUCAGUGGGACAUAGAGACAGAGGACAAUGAAGGGAACAGAGAGAAACAUGUAUUUGAUGCUGUGCUGGUCUGCACUGGACACCACUGUCACCCCCACCUCCCUUUGAAAGACUUUCCAGGUCUAGACACGUUUAAGGGGAAAUACUUCCAUAGCCGAGACUACAAGACUCCAGAGGAAUGGCGUAACAAGAGAGCGGUUGUGAUUGGAAUAGGCAAUUCAGGAGGCGACAUCGCUGUGGAGCUUAGCAGGAUGACCAAGCAGGUUUUUCUGAGCACUAGGAGGGGUUCCUGGAUUCUGAAUCGUGUGGGGCCUAAGGGUGUUCCCUUAGACAUGUCUUAUAGCAGAGCAGCUCGAAUGAUACAGAGGUUUUUACCCUAUAGCUUCACCAGCAGCCUGGGAGAGAAGAGGCUCAAUCAGAGGUUCAACCACGCACUGUACGGGUUGCAGCCAAAACACAGGCUGACUAGCCAGCACCCCAUGGUAAAUGACGAUCUGCCUAACCGCAUUCUCUCGGGCACCGUCCUGGUCAAGCCCAAUGUGCGCGAGUUCCGUGGCUCCAGUGUGAUCUUUGAGGACGGUACUAUCGAAGAUAACAUUGACCUGGUGGUGUUUGCCACAGGCUACACUUUCUCUUCCCUUUUCUGCCCUGAUCACGUGAUAUCGGUAACAGGGAACAAGACGUCACUGUAUAAGCACCUAUUCCCUCCAAGCCUUGAGAGACCAACUCUGGCUGUGAUUGGCCUCAUCCAGCCUCUAGGAGCCAUCAUGCCCAUCUCUGAGAUGCAAGGUCGCUGGGCCACACGGGUCUUUAAGGGACUCCUAAAGCUUCCAUCAAUGAAAACAAUGCUGAAAGAUAUCAACGCAAAGGAGGAGGCCAUGGCUAAAAGGUAUGUGGCCUCCCAGAGACACACCAUCCAGGUAGACUAUGUCCCCUACAUGGAUGAGCUGGCUAUGCAAGUGGGUGUACGUCCUAACCUCCUUUGGCUGUUCUUAACGGAUCCUGGUCUGGGUUGGAGGGUUAUGUUUGGUCCCGCCACCCCGUAUCAGUACCGGCUGUACGGGCCAGGCCGCUGGGAGGGGGCUCGCCAGGCUAUCUACACCCAGUGGGAGCGUGUGGCCCAGCCCAUGAAGACACGUAGUGUCCCUAGGCAGGAGUCGCACCACUCUUCUCUUCCUCUCCUCCUGUCCGUGUCUGCUGCUGCUCUGCUCUCAGCUGUCUACUACACUAGGGCCAGCCUCACUGGCAUCCUCCCAGAUAUCUCAUCCCACCUGGACAGGGUAACAGCUUAUCUGCCACAACUCAUGUCAAGGCAGUGACCACUUAACCUGUCUCCAAACUCACCAGAGAAAGCUGAUGUUCUGCUGUAGAAGCAAUAUGUGGAAGAAGGCUGCUAGGUAGAGUAUAAGAAGGGUGCAGCUAGCUGGCAAAAUGACAAUGUUUUAAUUAGUUUUAACAUUUCCAUUUCAAACCAUUAAAGUUUUGUAAAGACAUGUAGUUUACAUAAAUGUCCUGGAGUUUUGAUCAUCUUCUUUCCAGAUAUAGCUAUUGGGGAUUGAUCCUAUUGUUUAUAAACAAGGUACAUUAAAACAUAUAAUUUACAGAUUUAAAAGCUUAGGUUAUGCAUAUAACCCUCUAUCUGAGAAUUCUAGAUGUAUCUCCAUUCCCCGUCUCCUCUACUUUGUUCCACUGAAAUUCUUUUAUUGUGGUUUGAGAGUAUAGUAUUUGGUAUAUAUUCAUUGUUUCAUUUAGACACAAGCUAAAGCCACCUGUAUUGUAGCCUACUCAUAAAAAAUGAGCAAUCUAAAGGGCUAAUUCUGAAUUAAUCAGGCUGCUUUUUUCCUAGUAUUUAAAUCUGAUCAAUCUCAUAACCACAAGAAGGACAGUAGAUUUUGUUAUUGAAAAUUUUUAAAUGGAUAUACCUAUAUAUAUUUUUGCAAAAGGUGUGUUAGCUUAGGACACUUCAUAAAAUCUUUGCCUUUUGAUGCUUUGAAAAUCAUUUCAGUUUAAUUCAUAUGAAAAUGAUUUCAUUUUAAUGACUGUAUUACAUUUUCAUUUUAAAGACACUGUUUUGCGUGCAGUAUAAUCAAUAACUUUUCACAAUUUACCAAGAAGUGCCUUACUUUAACACUUAAUAAAAAUAUAAUUUACUGGCUGAAAGGUUUUUUUUUUUUUUUGGUGAUAGAAUUUGCAAGCAGUUUUCAUGUGGUCUUAAUACAACAUGAUUCAUGUUCUUUGCAAAUAUUGUAGCGAGAAACUAGAAAUCCUGUAACAUUUCAUUAAAUAAUACCAUACUGCCUUAAUUAUGCAUUAAAUCAUUUCUGGUUA